AUGUUUGGUUCCUCCAGGGCUUCUGUUGCGAGCUUCUCGGGAAGUUUCUCGGGAGGCAGAAUGCUCGAGAGCCCGCCAAUGUCUCCGUGCCAGAGUAAUCAGUCUGGUGUCGCUGUUGAGCACCAGGAUCAAGAGUUCUGCCGAAUCCGAGAUCUUGCGUCUCAAAUCGAUAGCUGCGCCAAGGCCCGAGUCAUUGCCCUGCUGGCUAUGGAGUUCCUCGUCUUUGACGGCAAGCUGCACGGGGGCCGAAGCAACUGGGCGUGCCCAUUUGGCGAUUGCAAGGAGAACUUUCCUGACGUCAAAGCCCUCAUCUGGCAUGUCGCUCGCUGCUCUCUCUCCUCGGGCGCCAAGGUGUACUGCAACAGCUGCCGCAAGUACGACUGCUUUACGCUCCAGGGCGGUAAUGGCGAGUUCUGCAGCGCCAGCGACAAUGCUGUUCGGGCCGGAGCCUGCUCUCCAAGGAAGAGCAAGGGGCUGCGCAAACUCACCAAUAUCUUCUCCCGUAGUCGCCCGGCAUCGGCGCCGUCUUCUCCGGAAGCCCGUCACACCGUCAUCCCAAGUGCUGCGAGUUCUAGACGGGCUUCCUCUAUUGGGAAUCCUCCAUCUCCGGGGCCGCAAGAGCUGGGCUCUGGUCCACCACACGAGAUGAGUGAUUCGCCUUCACGCGGUGUCCCUGACACUGCUAUAGAUAUGAUUCCCGAGCUUCCUACUACUCCUGGGCCCUUUGGUGCUGGCCGGUUAAGCCCGGUCUCCAUGUCCAACAUCUCGCCCAUGUUUUCCGAAGGAUUCACAGAGUCACCGGUGGAAAAUUCCAUUCGCCCUGGUCUACGUCUUUGCCGACGGCCUGCUCCGAUCUUGACCGCGGCACCGGGCAAGCGUCUUGGAAUAUGGCCCAGCAAACGUCCCCGCAAUAUCCUUGCGGUUUGGGGUCGUUUUCGAGCAAUCCCUAUACAAGCAUGA